UAAUGUGGGUUUCAUCGUGGCUAUCUCUGAUCGUCUCAGUUAAUUCACUGAUGUAGUAUUUAUAUUUUAUGCACCUACCCUAAAUAGCUGCUCAAAGCUGUGAUUUUUGUUAUAUCAAACAUUCAGAGGAUUUUUCAUGGCAGUUUAGAGUGCUCAGGAGUAUCCAUGCCCAUUUUUCGUUGACUUGGAGCUUAACUGCAAAAAGAUCCUGGAAGAUGGGGUAUUAUUUAUAAUGCAUAUUAGAGUUCUUGUCUCAUUCUCAUUUUGUAUUUUUGCAGGAAGAGGAGCAACUCAGGAACAGUGUAAUGUUCGAUUUGCUCUAUGUUCAUCAUCACCAUACUUUUGCUCCAUAUAUCAUGUCGUACUAUCAUCACAAUGAUAAGGUGCCCCCAGGGAAACAAAGGCCAUGGCUAAUUGAUGCAAAUCUGAGUGGUGGAAUGAAUGGAUUCAUUUGGUUAUCUGAGCGGAAUGGCCAGAGAGAUAGGGUUUGUUCCCCACUCAAUGGAUUGGGAGAUAUUUCAAAUAAUAAGAUUUUAAAUAUUACCUUUCUGAAUCCAGUACCUCAUAAGCAUAUUCCGAAGCCUCCAGAAGGAGUAUUUAUGCCCAAAAAGAUUUUGAGAGCUGUUGAUAUAAAACCUUUCCCUGUAUUAUGGCAUGAAGAUCAUGGUACCCGGCGUCAGCUAGGCAAAGAUAGGGGUCCAGUACCUGGGGCAAUAGCAGGGCCUUCCCUGGGAGAAGCAGCACAUCGGUUGCUUAAGAACACAUUGAAUAUCAAACCCGGUGGAACAAAUUCUGGAGUAUUGGAGCAAUCAUAUCCUCGAAAUUUCCCCGGCAACCAUGUUCUGAAUAGGCCAAGGCCAGCUGGACCGUCUGGCUAUGAAGGUGGAUUUUAUGAUCAAAUGAGUUAUAGGAAUUUUUCUCCCAAUCACCGGCCACGAUUUCCAGGACCAGUUGGCCGCGCAAAUGGUUUUUUUGAGGAUCCUUCUUAUUUAUCUAGCAAUUUUAUGCAUCGUGGUGCAUCUGGAAAUCCCAGAUAUGCUCUAUCCCCUUAUGAGUUGCAAAGCCCUAGGCAAAAUUUCAGGAUGCAAGACAGGCAUUCAUAUCAAGAUCAGUAUCAUAGCAUGAGGAAUGAAAUGUCUGUGUUGACAAUUGAAAGUGGUUCAAGAACGAGGCCUUAUUCAGCUGUGCCAAGGAUGCCAAAUUCAGGACAACUUUCUAACGUCCGCCCACUGCCAUUCACACAAAGUGUGGGUCCACUUCCUUCACCCCCGCCGCAGUGGAUUAAUAAACCUGCAAGGGGAACUACAUCAAUGCACUUAAAGCAUCAAGAAACUUUAAAAGGGCCGGGGUGCGAGAAGCAAGUCAAGCAGGUUUACCAAAUCAAAAGCCGGCCAACUCAGAGUCCCCAAGAAACAGGAACACAACAUUGAUGUUUGAAUUGUUUUGAGCUUUGCUUUUCCCGUUGAUAGUCAAUCUCCAUAGACGUAGUGAAGGAUAUCCGGAUCCUACCAUGAAGGAUUCUUCUCGUCUCUUUCUUUUAUCAUUAUAGAUGGAUGGAGCCAUUUUAUGUUCAAUUGUAGCAAAUAUGGUGGAGUUCGUUUCACAGUCCCCAUGUAUGAUAGGCCAGUUUGAGCUCUGGCAAGUAUGUUGUACCCAAAUGAAUGACAAUUUUUCUUGUUGACUGAAUUGGCAGAACAAAUCCUGCAGAGGUAUAGUAGGAUACACAUAAUCAGCAAGGUAUGAAUUUUUUUUUCCCAACCGGAUGCCGGCUAAGUUUAGUUGGUUGUAACAAUGUUCUGUCUAUAUGUUUUCUUUUCAUAUUUCAGCAUCGAAAAAGAAAUACCAUUUCAUGUGGUAACAUGAUUUGUGAAUUUGGUUCCGUAUGUACUUUUUGUGGUUAUUGAAUGUUGUGAAUUACUA